GCUGAUUUUAAAUAUUAAAUUUAAUACACUUGCUCUAACUAAGGACAAUGUUUCGACAAAAUGGAAAACAAUUCAUAAAGCCGUCUAAAUAGUAGGGAUAUUGUUUGUUGGCUAUGCUUAUAGUUAUAGGUGGCCUUACUCCACAGUUAAGACGCCAAAGAUCCAUCCAAAGUUCACUGUUCAUUCAGAUGCGGUGAUAACCCUACACAUAAAAAGAAAAACACUGAAAAUAUCAGUGGCUUCCAAAGCUUGAUGAUACAUGGUGCCCACAAGGACUUGUAGUGUGUCUAAGAUUCAUUCACAGUUUCAUUACAAUGUGUUCUCGCUAACCACCAAAAUCAAAAUCAACUACGUUUGUUGCUUAAAACUGAGGGAAAUCUUGCAGCAUGCAACUUCGCACUUAGCCAACCAGAACAUUAUACAUACAUGCACAGCAUCUGCCUAAAGACAGAUGUCGAUAUUCUAUAGGUCAAAUCUGUGGCAUCUACAAGAUAUUCAAUCCAAAACCAAUAGAUCACUAUCCUACAACCUCAUACGUCUUAUGUUGUCAUUAGGAUCCCAAUUAUUCACAUUUAUAAUGCAGAGCGGAACAAGUAUUGCAUACCAACUAACAACCAACAGCCAUCACUCUCACCCCCAAGUAAACAUGCAGGAAAGUACAAAAAGGCACAGUCCGACCUCCAAUCACAACACCAACCACAGCCAUAAAAUAUAUCAAUCCCACCGCCCGUCCUACGACUCCUACCGUCUCCUCCCUAUUGCUUAAGCCUCCAAUCACAGAACAAACCAAAAUUACCAACAACGCAUUCCCAAUGUGUUCAUCCCCCUUUCCCACUCCCUCUUAAGUCUUAAUCCAAUCCCCUCAAGUUUCUCACCCUCCUUGAGCAAAAAAUACUCUCCCUCUCCCUCUCCCUCUCCCUGUCUCUCAUAUAUUCCUGUUGUCUUGCCAUUCUGAUACCCAAGUCUUCUUUAUAAAUGAACAUCCAAAGCAGGACCAUACUUUUUCCCUAUCCCAAAUAAUUUUGAAGUCUAUAAAGUCAAAUCCCUGAACCUCCUUCCACCUCUCCCAACUCCUAAAGCUAAUAUCCUGUUCCCCUUGAUCCGUUCCCACUUUCUGAACUCAAAGAGCCCUUUGAAAGCGUAAACUUUCAUUUUGUGUAAUCUCUCUCUCUCUCAAAACACUCUCAAGCCUAAUAGCUUGAAGCCUAAACCUGCUUUCGUAUCAUAUUAGUCUCUCUAGAUCACCAUGAUCUUUGAGGAGGGACCAGACUUCAACCUCACAACCCACGACCACAACCUCCUAGAUUGGUCGGAGGACUCCAUCUCCUACAUCCCUUCCUUCCUCGAUGACCCCUACACCCUCCCCGAUGCCAUUGCCGGCUGCGAAUGCUGGCCUCAGGACCAAGAAGAAGCCAACCUCAUCCACAGUCCCCCGUCCACCACCCCCGUAGUCGCCCCUCCCACCACUAGCCCUCCAUCGCUCCCCCAACCUGAAUUCUCCAAGAAACGGAAGCUACCCACCAGUUCAACCACCCUCGACAAGGCGGCAGCUCACCAGAACCGGAGGAGGACGGUCGCUGACUCUGGCGACGAGGACGAUGGGGUGUCUGAGGAAGACGGCGAGAUCACCAGGAAGCAGGGGAAUGGGAGGAAGGGAGAGAGGAAGGGGAAUGGAGGGAAUUCCGGCAGUGGGAAUAAGGAGGUGAGAUGGGCCGAGCAUUUGCUUAACCCCUGCGCCACCGCCAUCGAGGCGGCCAACCUCUCGAGGGUCUACCAUUUAUUAUACGUUCUCCAGGAGCUCGCCUGCACCUCCGGCGAUGCCAACCACCGCCUUGCCGCUUACGGCCUACGCGCCCUCACCCGCCACCUCUCCUCCGCCGGGAUCGCGGCGGCGGCGGCGGGCGUCCCCGGCCAGGGAGGUGGCCCAGCUGACGAUUCCCCGUCCUUCGCUUCGACGGAGCCGAAGCUCUUCCGGUCGGCUCUCAUCAAGUUCCACGAGGUCAGCCCCUGGUUCGCGCUCCCCAACUCCCUCGCCAACGCAUCCAUCCUCCAAGCCGUAACCCUAGAUUCUUCCAACCAGCGGCCGCGGCCCCUCCACGUGGUGGACGUCGGCGUCUCCCACGGGAUUCAGUGGCCAACACUCCUCGAUGCGCUGAGUCGCCGCCCAGGCGGCGCCCCCGCCCUCGUCCGCAUCACCGUCGCCGGCGCCGCCGCCCCGCCUGGGCCCUUCUCGGCGGCGCCGCCGGGGUACGACUUCUCCUCCCACCUCCUCCGCUACGCCAAUUCCAUCGACCUCAACCUCCGGAUCGACCGCGCCGACACCCUCGCGCCACGUUCCCUGUCUCUCGCCCGCCGCGAGACCCUGGUGGUCUGCGCCCAGUUCCGGGUGGGCCACGGCGGGCCGGAAGACCGGACAGCGUUCCUCCGGUCGGUGAGGGAACUAAACCCCGACCUAGUGGUGCUGGGCGAGGUCGACGGCGCCGGCGAGAGCGAUGACAGAUUCCCGGCGGAGUUCGGAAGGAGGGCGGAGUUGUUGUGGAAGUUCCUGGACUCGACGAGCGCGGCGUUCAAGGGGAGGGACUGCGCGGAGCGGCGGGUGGUGGAAGGGGAGGCGGCGAGGGUUUUGGAGUGGGGGGCGGCGGCGGCAGAGGGGUGUGAGAGGUGGCGGGAGAGGAUGGUCGGGCUAGGGUUCCGGGAGGAACGGUUCGGGGAGGAGGCGGUGGAGGCGGGGCGGGCGCUGCUGAGGAAGUACGACGGCAACUGGGAGACGAGGAUGGCGGGGGCAGCAGUGGGGCUCGGGUGGAAGGGCCAGCGCGUCUCCUUCUGUUCCCUGUGGAAGCCCCACACCAGAAGCCAGUGAGAGGAGGCUUCCGUGUAACGCCGUAACGGCCGUGAUGGGGCUCCUCGAGUUUUCACAUGAUCCACGGCAUCACUGCCGUCCGCUCGGUGGCUCUUGGUCAUGUGAUAUGACGCCGGCGAAGAGGAGAACUGAAUCUAAUCUCCGUGUAGUACGCGAUUAGUAGGAUGUAAGUUUGCCUUUCUGGGGGAGGUAACUACAAUCAGCUUUGGUGGAAGCGCAGUGUGAUGACUGAUGAGUAACAUCAAGCCAUAUUAGCAUAGAUUGUCAGUGUGAUGCGUGCAAGAGAAUGUUAUCACAUGAUCCGCGACAUCGCUGCCAUCCACUCGGUGUCGUCUUUCUUGCGUGUGAGAUGACACUGGCGAAGAGGAGACCUGAAUCUGAUCUACCUUUGUGUGGUACAAAGAUAAAUAAAAAAAUAAAAAUCUUAGUUUUGCA